CUUCUUCGAUGGCGGCAAGGUGGCGCAGAGUCCAUCUUCUGCUAAAAGCAGAGACUCCGAGGCGGCAAAAAAACAAUGGUUACAUCGAAGAAAAUGAGUUGCUUCUCUUGUGUAAGCUCCCGCCACAGGGAGCUUAGAAAGCGGAUGGGUUCCAGGAUUGCGAGCUCUGCACUUGCUCGUUCAUCAUCCUUAUCUCACAUUGUUGAUAAAUUGGAGAAUGAAGCGAAUCGUUUAUCCCCAAAAGGGGAGAAAUCAAAUGGUGCCCGCAGUUUUACCUUGGAACAACUUGCAGCAGCUACAAAGAACUUUAGGGAGACCAAUCUGAUUGGAGAAGGUGGCUUUGGGAGGGUUUUUAAGGGGGUUCUUGAGAAUAACGAGGUUGUGGCAAUCAAGCAGCUUAAUCGAGAUGGGCUUCAGGGGAGCAAUGAGUUUCUUGUGGAGGUUCUGAUGUUAACAAUGCUGCAUCAUCCCAAUCUUGUCAGCUUAAUCGGCUACUGUGCAGAGGGAUGUGAGAGGCUCUUGGUUUAUGAGUACAUGUCUCAUGGAAGCUUGGAUGAUCACUUGUUCUAUUUAUCUCCAGGACAAGAACCGCUGGACUGGAACAAAAGGAUAAAGAUUGCUUUGGGCUCAGCCAUGGGGCUUGCAUAUCUACAUGAUGCAGCCGAUCCGCCUGUUAUUUACCGCGAUCUAAAAUCUGCAAACAUAUUGUUGGAUGAGGAUUUCAACCCAAAGCUUUCUGAUUUUGGACUCGCUAAGCUUGCACCAGUGGGUGAUAAGACCCAUGUUUCGACAAGGGUCAUGGGAACUUAUGGCUACUGUGCUCCUGACUACGCCAUGAGCGGCAAGCUGACGGUGAAGUCGGAUGUAUAUAGUAUCGGUGUCGUACUUUUGGAGCUGCUUAGGGGGCAGAAAGCAUACGACUUAACUCGGAAAUCAGGGGAGGAGAAUUUGAUCACAUUGUCCCGCCCUUUUCUCAACGAUCGAAGAAGAUUCACUCAUCUAGCAGAUCCAUUGCUUAAAGGCCGGUUCCCCAUUCGCCCUUUCUACCAGCUCGCCGUGGUCAUCUCUCUAUGCCUCCAUGAGAAGCCACAGAUUCGUCCGGCAGCUCGAGAUGUUGCCUAUGCUCUCAAACACAUAGCUUCUCAGCCCUACGAUGAUUCACAGAAUGGAUGCAAUAUUUCAGCGCCUUCCUCACCAAUGGUAAACCCCAAGCUGACUCUGGUUGAAGAAGAGGAUGAUAGGAGUGAAGGCCAUUCUGAUUUAUAGCCAUUCUUGUGCUGAUUCAGUUUUGUUCUAAGAAGUGUGUUCUA